GUAAAACUUGGAGGCGCCAAACCCAGAGCGCUAAAUGCAUUGAAUUUGAUUUGACUACCGACACCAGAACAUGAUGGGAUAUUUUAUACAAGAAUGAAUAUAUCGGUACUCCGUUUGAUAUGCGCAUAGCCGAAAACAGGAAAUUUCUCUAUUAUUUUAGGCUGGGCCAGUCGGUUACUCUUUGUUUUUGAGGGAUUGCAGAAUUUCUGGGUAAUGGAGAUUUUGUGCAAUUACUCCCAAAAUCCAGUGGUCGGUUCUUCAAAAAACAGUAAAAACAGUCACAUGGAACAUGAACCAGGUUCAGCAUCUGCCAAAAUUCAAGAUACCACUUCUCAGAGACGAAAUAUCAACAAUGGCACCAGUUCAAACUUCUUUAAUAGUCUUCAAAAUACCCAUCUUCCUGUGCCCUCUGAUCAGAAUGUUUUAUUUAAAAGUGGACUGGCAGAAAGUUGCUCUGACUAUUUGGUCCCGCGCAUAUCACCAUACCUCCUCGGUAUGCUCCAGUGUAGACCAGUCUCUUUGCCUCUUACUCGAAACGUUGUAAUGGAGGGAUGGCUCAUGAAACGUGGCGAACAUAUUAAAAAUUGGCGACGUCGGUAUUUCAAGUUACGGGAAGAUGGGACAUUUUAUGGAUAUAAAAUUCAACCUAAAGAUGAUAUGGCACAACCUCUAAAUAAUUUUACUGUUCGUGACUGUCAAAUUAUCUGUUUAAACAAGCCAAAACCGUACACAUUUCUUAUUCGUGGUUUACAAUGGACCAAUGUAGUGGAACGUUUAUUUUUUGUCGAAACGGAAGCAGAAAGAAAUUGUUGGCUUGGCGCAAUUCAAAGUGUCGCAAAUCGACUCAAAUCAUCCUAUGAACAACCAGUAUCCGUACAUAAUUUAAAUUUGACUGAAAAUAUGAUCGUUGACAUCCCUCAGAGGCCUUUUAAACGUUAUUCUGUAAAUGACUUCAGACUUCUAAAAGUUUUGGGAAAAGGUACUUUUGGAAAAGUAAUUUUAUGUCAAGAGAAUGAAACAGGUCAUUUUUAUGCUAUGAAAAUACUAAAGAAAUCUGUACUUAUUGAAAAAGAUGAAGUUGUUCAUACAAUGACUGAAAAUCGUGUUUUACAACAAUGCAAACAUCCAUUUAUGACGGAGUUGCGUUAUUCAUUUACUACACCGAAUUAUUUAUGUUUUGUUAUGGAAUAUGUUAAUGGUGGUGAAUUAUUUUUCCAUUUACAACGUGAUCGUGUAUUCUCAGAAGAAAGAGCUAAAUUUUAUGGUGCUGAAAUUACCUUGGCUUUAGGUUAUUUACAUCAUCAGAAUGUAGUUUAUAGGGAUCUUAAAUUAGAAAAUUUAUUGUUGGAUAAAGAUGGUCACAUAAAAAUUGCUGAUUUUGGUCUAUGUAAAGAAGAUAUGUAUUAUGGUGCAUCAACUAAGACAUUUUGUGGUACACCGGAAUAUUUAGCACCUGAAGUUCUUUUAGAUAAUGAUUAUGGGCGUUCAGUUGAUUGGUGGGGCCUUGGGGUAGUAAUGUAUGAAAUGAUGUGUGGACGUUUGCCAUUCUAUUCAAGUGAUCAUGAAGUUUUAUUUGAAUUAAUCCUGCAAGAAAAUGUCUCCUUUCCAACUCGUCUUUCACAGCCAGCUCAAGAUAUCUUGUCUAGACUUUUAAUUAAAGAUCCAACAAGUCGACUAGGUGGUGGUAUACAAGAUGUUUUAGAAGUUAUGGCACAUUUAUUUUUUGCUUCCGUUGAUUGGGAUCGUUUAAUAAGAAAAGAUAUUCAACCACCAUGGAAACCAGAUGUGAUCGAUGAGAAAGAUACAAAAUAUGUUCCAGAUGAAUUCAAAGAUACAUCAGUUGAUUUGACUCCUCCAAAUGAUGACGAUGGCAAUGCGAAUCAAAUUGUCGAUGGACCAUAUUUUGAACAUUUCAGUUUUCAUGGUAGUCGACAAAGUUUAAAUAGUAGAGUCAGUGGUUAUAGUGUCGGUGAAACAUUUUAAUAAUAUAUGGAUUUUACUUAGUGAUUCAAUUAAUUUUGCUACAUACAUGAUUUAAUCUUCUGCUGUGAACAAACGAAGAGAAUGUUUCUCGUCACUCUAUUUUUCAGAUGGAUAAAUUGAUAGAUAGAUAGAUAGACAGUUAGUAGAUAUACAGACAGACAUACAGAAGCAACCUAGAGCCUGGAAGUAUGUGUGUGUGCGUGAGCGCAGACUCUGACCCAACCAACAUUUCCAAUUGUGAAAUGUGUAUAGAUUUUAUUUUCAUAUUUUCUCAUUCAUUUUCACCUAGUUUCACUGAUUCUUUCAUUUUUUUUUUUGUUUUUUUUUGUAUACUUGAUAUCAUGAUAAAAGUUUUUUCAUUUUUUUUCUUUCAAAUUGUAAAUGAAUCAUGUUUAGUUUCAAUAUAUUUGUAAAGAUGUGUGUAACACAUUUUUUGUUUACUCUUCAUUUUUCCUCGUCUUCAUUGGAAUUACAUGUAUUACAGCAUUGUGCCACUCUAUUGUUAUUAUUAUUAUUACUAAUAUUGAUGUGCGAGUAAAUUAUUUACAUUUUUUUUCUUCAAAAUAAACAUAAAUCAUCUCAAUUAUUGUCUCUACUUACUAUCUAUUUAGUAGUAGUUAUUUAUUAUGUACAUUCAGAGUUGAUAUAUCACAUUUUCCACUAUUGUAGUUUACGUGUUCCCUUUUUUUUUUACCUCCAUUUGUUUCUGUCGCUCUCUCUCUCUCUCCUACUUCCUCACAUCAUUCAUUUGAAUGUUGAUGUUAAUGUGUAGACGUUUAUCUUCUCCGCCUUUUUAUUGAUUUUCUUCCUUUUGUAUAUGCAACAACCGUUGUUGUUGUUGUUGUUGUCAUGCCGUCAUAACUAUGUAUGUUCUUGUGUGCGUGUGUUUGCAUUCGAAUACUAGGUUUUUAUUUUUAUUACUUACAAAGGAAUUAAACGAAAAUUCAUUCUACAUGCUCAUUUAUUAUCAAUGUGUUCAGAGUAUCUGAUGAUGAUCAGCGUGCCGUGUCCCCCGACCACCCCCUUCGUCUCUCCAUAUUAUUCAAUCAAUGUAGUUGUGGUAGUAGUAGUAGAUAUUAACUAAAAAAAAAUACUGAUACAUUCAUUAUUCAAUUGUAUGGUUUUUUGGUUUAUUUCAAGUUCAGUAUAUAGUUGUUGAUGAAUGAAAAUAGAAUUUAUUAACAUACUGGA